CACCUGUCGAAGCUAGUAUGAUGAAUGGUUUUAUUUUUUUCGAUGCGGAUAACUGCAUUAUAACUGUUCAGUGGAAGACUUUCUUUUCUACCCAUAUGUACCUAUAGUUUUGAAUUUUCGCGAUUGAGUUUUAUAUACGGAGUAGUAACUUUUUUUUCCAAUAUCUUUGUCUUUUGUUAAUAUUUAUUUAACUAAUAUUUUUUUUGAAAAAUGGUUGUUAAAUUAUAUCACAAUAUAGUUACUUGUACAAGCAGAGCUGUAAUUUAUGCAUUGGAAGCUUUAAAUAUACCGUACGAAUCGAGAUAUAUAAACCUGCAAAAAAAUCAACAAUUUUCGGAAGAGUUUCUCAAGAUUAAUAUUCAGCACACUAUUCCCACAAUCGAAGAUGAAGACGGAUUUAUUUUAUGGGACAGUCACGCAAUUAAUGCCUAUUUAGUUGGUAAAUAUGGAAAAGACGAUCAAUUGUAUCCGAAAGAUCUGAAAGCUCGAGGUAUUGUGGAUCAAAGACUUCAUUUUGAUAGCGAUGUCUUGUUCGGGUCACUCAUAAGAAAUAUUAAAUAUAUCAUCGUGAAUGAAAUGUCUACUAGAUUAAGAGAUGAUUUGAGAAAAUUGACGCUGGAGUCUUACGAUUUAUUGGAGAAAUUGUUGGAAGGAAAGUUAUACGCUGCUGGAAAUCAUGUCACCAUCGCAGAUUUUUCCAUCCUAACUACUCUUACUAAUUCUCAUAUCUUUGUACCGAUAGAUAAUGAAAAAUAUCCCCUGAUAGUGGAUUACAUGAAACGCGCUGAAGCAAACAUACCAGGUUUUCUAGAAACGGAGAAAGAAGCGAGACGAAAAAUUAUAGAAAUUUUAAAAGCGUUGAAUUUUGAAUUCGAGUUUCGAGUAUUUCAGCAGAUUAGUAUUAAUUUUUUAAAAAAGAAAAUGCCUUUAAAACUGUAUUACUACAUCACUAGCACUCCAUCGAGAUCUGUUAUUCACACAUUAAACGCUUUAAAUGCGCCAUAUGAAGCCAUAAGUCUUAACUUACGUGACCACGAACAACUCAAAGAAGAUUUUAUAAAGAUUAAUCCUCACCAUACUGUCCCUACAAUUCAAGAAGAAGAUGGAUACAUUUUAUGGGAAAGCCACGCCAUCAACGGAUACCUGGUGAAAAGAUACGGAAAAACUGAUACUUUGUACCGAAAGGAUUGGAAAGCUCGAGGUUUCGUUGAUCAAAUGCUUCACUAUCAUAAUGGUGUUUUGUUCGCAUCACUUAAAAGUGUUUUCAGGAAAGUAGUCAAGGAAAAGAGAAUUACAAAAAUUACUGAUGAAUUAAAAACACAGGUAGAAGAAGCCUAUGGUGUUUUGGAGAAAUAUUUAGCUGAUGGAAGAAAAUUCGCCGUUGGGAAUGGUGUCACAAUAGCUGAUUUUUCUAUUGUGCCAACUCUUCAUCUCCUAAAUUUCUUUGUGCCAAUCAAAGGUAAAUGGCCUUUGAUAGCGGAUUACGUGAACCGGGUCAAAGAUGAGAAUUUGCCAGGAUUUAAUAAACUGGAAGAAGAAGCAAAGCAGAAAUUUACAGAAAUUUUGAAAUCUGUGAAUUAUGAAUUAUGAAUCAACUUGAAAAAUACCCAUCACCUUACUGAGUUAGGUAGUUAUUAAAUUCUUAUCUCGUUGCGUUCAAUAUGCAACUCUUGUAUUUUAUUUUAUCAUUUACCUACCUAUACCUAAGUACCUAAAUGUUUAGUCACGCACUUGACGUAUCUGCAUAUGUACAUCUACCUAUCUAAUGGUAUCAAAAAAUUAUACAUUCAUUUGAAUUGAAAAAUAAAAUGAUGACAAUAUUCAGCAGUUGCUUAAA